CACAUCAACUUGCAUUUAUCUCCUUGUUAAGUGGGAACCAAUCUAUUUUCCUCAAAAAUGACAAUGGUCCCAAUCAGGGGCUGAUGAAAAUGGCAGCUGAAAUGGACUAGACUGUACAAAUGCAGGAAGCUGAGAUUUUCUGUCAGACGAUGAAACAGUCUGUGAUUUUGGCUCUGAUAUUUAACUUAGUGGGAGAUAUAGCCGGUCUGAAAUGUCACCAGAGUGAUCUUAUCCCCAUUCCUCAUGAGUGGUACCAGCCAGCUGACCUCCUCAUUGGUGGGAUGAUCUCUCAGUUUCUGUAUGCGUUCAGUGAAGAUCUAUUUGAGGAAAUGCCUUCACAGGUCUCAGCUGAGUUUUCUGAUAUGGUGACAAAGUUCUACCAGCAUGCCCUUGCCGUGGCCUUUGCUGUGAAGGAGAUCAAUGAGGAUCCCCAGAUCUUGCCUAAUGUUACCCUUGGAUUCCAUAUCUACGACAGCUACUAUGAUGCAAAGAUGACUUAUCGGACCACUUUGGAUCUGCUCUUCAAAUCAAGGAGCUUUCUUCUCAACUACAAAUGUACUAGACAGAAGAACCUGAUAGCCAUCAUUGGAGGACUUGGUUCUGAUACCUCUUUUUACAUGGCAGAUAUCCUUGGUCUCUACAAGAUUCCACAGAAAAAUCAGACGUACAGAGAUGAAGCUGUCCGCUGGCUUUAA